AUGGCUGCCUCCCUGGUGUUCCGACUGCACGACCGAGGCCCAGAGUUGGUGAGAGAAGUGCUCCUGGAGCGAGGAUGGGAGGAAUAUGACAGGAGGAGGCAGGAGGACGAAGACUGGAACCUUUACUGGCGGGGGUCCACGUUCCCAACUUCAGAUUAUCACAACCUGCUGCCAUGGCAACGCCUCAACCACCAUCCCAAAACUGCUGGCAUCACGCGCAAGGACUCGUUAGUUCGUAACCUACGAAGAAUGAGGGCGACGUUUGGCCCGUCUCUCUACAACUUCAGUCCCACCACCUUCAUCCUGCCUAACGACUACACCCGUUUCCUGGCUGAGUACAACGGACUGCGUCUCACCAAGGGUCCUGCAGUCUACUGGAUCUGUAAGCCUGUGGAUCUGUCCAGAGGUCGAGGGAUUUUCAUCUUUCAGGACAUCAAGGAGCUGGUGUACGACUCGUCUGUAAUCGUUCAGAGGUACGUCAGCAGCCCUUUGCUGAUUUCAGGCUAUAAGUUCGACUUGAGGAUCUACGUGUGUGUGAAAAGCUUCCGCCCGCUAACUGUUUAUAUCCAUCAAGAGGGUUUGGUGCGUUUCGCCACAGAGAAGUACAACCUCCAAUCUUUGAGUAACCUGUAUGCUCACCUCACCAACACCAGCAUCAAUAAGUAUGGUCCUUUCUAUAAAGCUGAAAAGGGCAAGGUGGGUCCGGGAUGCAAGUGGACCAUGAGCAAGUUCAGGCAUUUCCUCCAAGGCCAGGACAUCAAUGAGUUUCUCUUGUGGCAGAGGAUCAACAACAUCGUCACCCUGACCCUCCUGGCCAUCGCUCCGUCUGUGCCGUCCUGUCCGAACUGCGUGGAGCUCUUUGGCUUCGAUGUCCUCAUUGACAGCAAGUUCAAACCCUGGCUUCUGGAGGUCAACUACAGCCCUGCUCUGACUCUGGACUGCCAAGCUGAUGUCUCGGUGAAGAAGGGGCUAAUCGGGGAUCUGAUCGAUUUGAUGAACUACACAUCGACUGAUGUUUUAAGGGACAGAGCCUAUCAGGUACUAAGGUACAGACAGCCAUGUUUUAAAACCUUACCUGGACUUUCCACAUUGAAACAAAACAAAUUUCUAAAAAAGAAGAAACCUAAAAAAGCCUCAAAAACUCUGAUAAAUCAAUCCCGACUUUUUGCUAGAGCCGAUUACCAGAGAUACCUCCCCCCUGUUACUGCCAAGUACAGAAGUGUCACCGCAAGCAAAACCGGCACCGGUCAGACCUUAAAUUGGAUCCUCGGCCCACAUUCAAAGACAAAUGUGUUUGUGGUAAAUGGACAGACGAGUCCAGCUGUUGCACCAUGCCAGUUAAGAAAUGGACUUCAAGAUACUGAGGUUACAAACCAUGACAGCACUGAAACUAAAGCUGACACGGAGCUCUCAGAGGACACAGACGUGUUCUUUUCAAUACCUGACUCUUCGCGUGGGGGAUCAAAUUUCAAAGCUUCUACUGAUUCCUGGCGGUUACCAAAUAUUUACAGUCGGAGUCAGCGACCCCAAAAGAUCCAUGUUGGGGAACCCACAGUGCUGAACACCCAGCAUGUUCCUCCAGUCAGAGUUGGAGGCUUUGUACGGACGUGCCCAUUUAACGCAGCCACCAUGAAGGCGUCGCAGCACCAGCUGGAUAUUACAGUCAUCGUACAGGAGCUCCAGAAGCUGACGGGCCGGUUAGCUUCAGGCCAAGCUAAUGAAAACAUGGGGACAAGAGCGGAGGCUGCUGAGAAAGACUGCUUUGGUUCACUGCUGUGGGGUCCAACAGAUCCACCGAGGCUCAGCCGAGCUUUCAAAACAUCUUAA